UAACAAACCCAACCCCCACUGCACGCAAAUAAAACACCGUACCAUAUCAUCUUCUCCAUCUUCAAUUCUUCAUCCUAUCAUAUCCUCCUCGCCUACACAUUUUUCUGGAUUCUCUACCAUCAUUACAAAUUACAAGAAUCUAGCCGGCCGGCCGGCCACCAAGAAAAAUUAAACCACAUUGUUAUCCUAAUCGUAAUGGUAAAGUUCACCCAGCUGCCCAAUUAAGUUUUGUCCACUAUAAUAUAUAUAAUGGCGCUAAUUCCUCCGUGGCUGGAACCGCUGCUGAAGACGGCGGAAUUCUUCUCCCCGUGCCGCAGCCACGCCGCCGCCGCCAAGAACGAGUGCAACCUCUUCUGCCUUGACUGCUGCAAUGCCGCCGCCUUCUGCCUCUACUGCCGCUCCUCCAAACACAAAGAUCACCGAGUCAUUCAGAUACGGAGAUCGUCGUACCAUGAUGUGGUGAGGAUAUCGGAGAUUGAGAGGGUGUUGGAUAUCAGCGCAGUGCAGACGUAUGUGAUAAACAGCGCCAGGGUUUUGUUCUUGAACGAGAGGCCUCAGCCCAAGAACAAUAAUAAUAAUAAUAAUAAUGGUGGGAAAGGAGGAGGCGGAGUUGCUUCUCACAUUUGUGAAAUCUGUGGAAGAACCCUCUUGGAUCCAUUUCGUUUCUGUUCUUUGGGGUGUAAGCUUGUUGGAAUAAAGAGGAAUGGAGAUGCAAGCUUUACAAUAGAUUCCAAGAAUGAGAUGGCAAUGCAAAGAGGUGAAGGCUCAAAAGGGGGAGAACAAUUGCGUGAAGGUUCACAACAUGACAUAUACCCACUCACGCCUCCUCCUCCUCCUCAUUCUAAUGCAAGGAGAAGGAAAGGCAUUCCUCAUAGGGCACCCUUUUCUGCCUAAUAAUCACAAUUUGUAUUUACUCAACACCUCCUUAAAUUACAUUCAAAGUUAAAAAUCACCCAUAGAAAUUUCGUUUUUCUUUUACCUUGUUAAUUAUUCUGUAAAUUAAUAUAUAUGUAACUUCAAAUUGAUGGAUCGGACCUCCUAUUCAGAGUUACAUAUUUAUAUGGUUAGAUUACCGUGAUGUGAGGUUAUGUGUGUGAGUAGAUAAGAUGGAUGCAUGAUGGGAUGGUAAAGCAGUUGGAGGGGCAAAGAGCCAUGCAUUGUUCUUGAAUUGGAUGGGAAGUUGAAUUGAAGUUGGCAAUAAAAGAUAUAUGGUGGUGGGGUAUUGGAAUAAAAAUUCCCUUUGGUGUAAAGAGCAAUAAUGCAUAGUAUUGUUAUUAUUCAAAAGUUGCAAGGUGUACAUUGUAAUUAAGAAAUUUUGAUUAAAGAAAGUCUUUGUGGAGUUGGUUUCA